AAUUUUUAUAAACUCCAACAACUUGAAAAGAGCUGAGCAGCGUCACCAAAAGAUCUGCAACUCUCUCUCUAAGAUGAAGACACUCAGCGUUGCAGUUGCAGUGGCCGCUGCGCUCGCCUUCAGUUGCAUUCAGGAGAGCUCUGCUGCCCCGUUAACUGGAAUGCAAGAGCAGGAAGAGGCGAUGAGCAACGACGAUCCGGUCGCUGAACGUCAAGAGGUGUCGGUGGAUUCAUCGAAGAUGGCAAAUAACAGGCCGAAGCGUGAGAGUCCCUGCUGCGAUUGCCCGUACUUCUACUGUGAAGCAUGCUGCAUGAUCACAAUGUUACGGGAUAUUGUGGAGUCUAUCUCUGGCUCUGAACCAGAACCAGAACCAGACUGCAGUUGACAGGUCAGAGUUCAGCAUGUGUUACACAGACGAUGGAGGAAGUGGACGUGUGAGGGAUUUUUGGACUCUGGACACUGCAGACGGUGCACGAACACACCAGACGCUGCCUGAUUGCAGUAUAUCUACCUUUUACUGUCUUCUUUCUUUCUUUCUUUCUUUCUUUCUUUCUUUCUUUCUUUCUUUCUUUCUUUUCUCCUUUCUUUCCUUCUUGCUUUCCUGCAGACUCUUCAGUGAGGAGAUUUGUUUCUCAUUCAAACAUCCUUUUGAAGCCAAAAGGCCUGAAAAUAUUACUUAAACCCACCUGAGCAGCUGUCAUCUAUGUGUGUGUGUGUGUGUGUGUGUGUGUGUGUGUGUGUGUGUGUGUGUGUGUGUGUGUGUGUGUGUGUGUCUGUGUGUGUGUGUGUGUGUGUGUGUGUGUGUGUGUGUGUGAGUUUGUGCGGCGGAGAAGAAAACAAACCUCUUUCAUCUUCUAAAGUGGUUCCUGUUGCUUAAUUAGAUGGUGGUGCUUCAGAGUCCAUGAGAACACACACACACGCACGCACACACACACACACACACACACACACACACACACACACACACACACACACACACACACACACACACACACACACACACACAGCUGCUCAGGUUUUUCAGAGUCUGUGGGGGUUUUUGUCUGGGAUUUUUGAUGCUCUGAACUUUAACUUGUAUUAAAUAAUCCUCCCUUGUUCACACACA